AGCUCAGCCAACCAACUGCAUAUCCCAUGCCAUUCAUUUCUGCCUCAAACUGGCAUCUAUUUCUAUCUCAAGUCUUUGUGGUUUGUUUCUCACAUCUCAAGCCUUCCCCUCCAAGCUCUCAUAAAUCAUAUCCCUCUUCUCACUCUAAGGUUAUGGAUAGUGGGGUGAGAAAGCACGCCCUGAAUGGUACUACUGCUGCUUCCAACUCUGAUCUCGUGCUGAAACACAUUACCCAGAUUCUACUAGAGGAGGAGGAGGAGAGCAUUGAUGGGCCCCUGGUCUCAUAUUACGAAGCAUUGCAUGAUUAUCCUUCCUCAUUGUUUCACAUCCAUGCCGGAAGAAGCUCUUGGAAUGAUAAUGUUGAUGGUAUUGUUGAUCCCCGAGAAUCAGAAUCAUCAUGUGUGACAUCUAACACAAAUUUAUUGAUGUCCAAUACGACAGAGGUUAUGGAUAAUGGGAUGAGAAAGCAUACCCUGAAUAGUACUGCUGCUUCGGACGCUGAACCCGUGCUGAAAUACAUUACCCAGAUUCUACUGGAGGAGCAGGAGGAGAGCAUUGAUGAGCCCUUUGAUCACAUUGCUCUUACAGCUGCUGAGAACUCCUAUUAUGAAGCAUUGCAUGAGAAUGGUUCGUCACUGUUUCAUAGCAGUGCUGAAAGAAGCUCCAUGCAUGAUAAUGUUGAUGGUGUUAUUGAUCCCAGAGACUCGGAAUCACCAUGUGUGACAAGCGAGCCUACCCCGCAUCUCGCCAUCCAGUUAACAUCAUCAUCAAAUAACUAUGACUUAAAUGGUGCUUCUUCAUAUUGCUUUGAUAGUGCAAUGAUGUCUUUCCUUAGAGCUAGUUCGUCGGUUCGAAAUGUAUUUGGUGGCAAUGAUGAUACAGAGUCCAAAUUGGAAUUCCAGAGAUGCAUGGAGGAAGUUAGUAGCUUCCUUCCCGGUCACAAUAAGUUGGUAAUGGAUGAUUUGGAGGCUACCAAAGAUGUUGUUGUGAUUGAUACAGAGAAAGACCAUUUGCGUAGAGGAAAGAAACAUCAUUACCUUCCACAAGAAAGUGGGGUAGAAGAAGAGAGGAGCAGCAAACAGUCUGCAGUGUAUGAAGAGGUUGAUUUAUCAGAAGUGUUUGACAAGGUUUUACUGUGUGGUGAUGAUAAAGGUUAUCCAUUUGGUGCCAAAGAAAAGGGGCGAAGAGGUCACCAUUCAAAGAAACGGGGAGAUAAUUGUGGCAUUGUAGAUGUGUUGUCUCUUCUAACUAGUUGCGCACAAUCUGUUCAUGAUGGUGACUAUAGGGAUGCACAAGCUCAAUUAAAGGAGAUCAGGCAGCACUCUUCACCUACGGGUGAUGCAAAUCAAAGGCUAGCUCAUGUGCUUGCAAACAGUCUCGAGGCAAGGUUGGCUGGAACAGGUAAACAACUAUGUCAAUCAAUAUCUCCUAAAACCAUCGCAGCUUCUGAGUUUCCGAAAUCGUACUUGACAUCGUGGCCAAUCAUGAGAAUAUCAACUUUCUUUUCAAAUCAAAUGAUUUUCAAGGUAGCUUCAAGAGGCUCAUCGCUGCACAUUAUAGAUUUUGGUAUUCUUCAUGGGAUCCAAUGGCCAACCCUUAUUCGAGAUCUUUCACAAAGGCCCGGUGGCCCUCCAAGACUUCGAAUAACUGGGAUUGAGCUCCCCCAACCCGGUUUCCGUCCAUCACAAAUGCUAGUGGAGACAGGUGUUCGCUUGUCAAAAUAUUGUGAGCGCUUCGGUGUACCAUUCGAGUUCAAUGCCUUAACAGCACAACAUUGGGAGGCAAUUGAGAUUGAUGAAUUGAAGCUUGGGAGUGGUGGUGAGGUGGUCGCUGUUAACAGUAACUUUCGAUUUGAUUACCUAUUGGACGAGACUUUGGUUGCUGGGUACAACCCUAAGGAUGCAGUUUUAAACUUAAUCCGAAAAAUAAAUCCGGAUAUAUAUGUGCAUACCGUGCAUAGUGGAUCUCAUAGCUCUCCUUUUUUUCUCCCUCGCUUUCGAGAAACUCUCUUCUUCUACUCUGCUGUCUUUGAUAUGUGUGAGACUACUUUACCACACCGCCAUCAUCCUCAAAGGUUGAGUUUCGAACAAGAGUUUCUUGGACGAGAAACAAUGAAUAUCAUUGGAUGUGAGGGCAUUGAAAGAUUGCAUAGGCCUGAAACGUAUAAGCAAUGGGAAUCACGCAUGUUGAGGGCAGGGUUGAAGCCUAUGCCCUUAAAAUCUCAUCUUGUCAACAAGUUAUUGAGACAGGCUCGAGCAUCAUAUCAUAAAGACUUUCUGUUUAUUGAAGACGGUCUUUGGCUACUGCAAGGGUGGAAAGGUCGGGUUCUUGGCGGCAGCUCUUGCUGGGUGGCUACAUGAUAGACUCAGAAUCCCUCAUACAACGGUAACCUAAGCAACAUGAAAACUUCUCCACCUUAUGUUUCGUAUAUUUCCCACAUUCAAAAGCGUGUGGGGAACAUCAUAUUCCAGAUUGUGGGCCUUUUGUGUAAUUUCUAGAAGAAUUUAGAAAGGUACUUCUGUGCCUCGGUAAUUAGAGCAUCCCGAAUGCAACUCUUUCUACUCUAAAUAAAUUAUGCCACAUAAUAAAAGUAGACAUGGACUAAUUAUUUUAUCCUCGAACGUUUUUA